GAUUUUAACCUCACCGUUUUGUAAAAAAUGUCACUUUUGCCCCUAUCCAUCUUUCAUUCAUUUGCGCUGUGCGUUUAACUGAUAGCUUUGGGCAUACCGGAGUUACCGCUUCCGGCAUUCCCAACGGUCAACGCCAUUUCCGAUCCGCGUUUAAGCUCUCUCCAGUUCACAACAUACUCUUCGAUCACUGUGCUUAACAAAGGACCUGAUUAUCUCGUCAUUUUCAUCUAUCUUUGAUUAUUGUAGAGAAUACAAAUGGAGUGGUUGCUGAUUGUUGUUUCAUUGACUGUAAUAUGGGUGGCUUCUCUUUGCAAAGUUCUCCACGAAUCUCUGUCUGGCUCCAAGGCUACAUUUUUAGAUGAUGGUAGAGGUUCACUGAAGAGAAAUGUUUUGUUGGUUAUUGCCCAUCCUGAUGAUGAAUCUAUGUUCUUUGCUCCAACCAUCAAUUACCUAACUUCAAAGGGGCACAACGUACACAUAUUAUGCAUGUCAACUGGUAAUGCAGAUGGCAUGGGGGAUACUAGAAAACAAGAGCUCUACCUGGCUGCUGCAACCCUUAAGGUUUCUCCACAGCAAGUAAAUAUCUUGGAUCAUCCAGAUUUGCAGGAUGGUUUUGGAAAAAUUUGGAACAGUGAUUUGUUGGCUGGAAUUGUGAAGGAGGAAGUAGACGGCCAUUCUAUUGAUGUGGUCAUUAGUUUCGACAAUUAUGGUGUUUCUGGCCAUUGUAAUCAUUGUGAUGUGCAUCGAGGUGUGCGAAAACUGUUGCAGGAUACUUCACACAAAAAUGUUGAAGCAUGGGAGCUUGUCAGCACUAAUAUAUUGCGCAAAUACAUUGGACCAGUCGAUAUCUGGUUGUCUAUCUUAUAUGCAAAGCUCCAUCCAAACAGACAAGUGCAUUUCUUUAUAAAUGAACGACCUCGCAAAAGCUAUGCUGCAAUGGCCCAACACCGGAGCCAAUGGGUUUGGUUUCGUAAGCUUUUUGUAUCCUUCUCCAGCUAUACCUUUGUGAACUCUCUAAAGAAGAUCAACAACUAAGCGAUGCCCAGAAACGUAUUCCUUAUAUUGCAGAGCAGGGCGUUUGAAGCAGUGGAAGUAUUGGAACAUACAGGCUGCUAAUGCUGCUGCUGAUGAGUGUGAAGGGGGGCAUUUGCAGUAAUCUGUUGUUCAUUAUCUAUCUGUGUUUGCUGCAGGCAUUGAAAGCUCCGCCUGAAGAGAUAGAUGCUGGGAACUAUAUAACAAUUUUAAUUGUAAUUUUGAAUGGAUCUUACGACAUUUAUAAAUAUGGGAGGUGGUAGGUAGUACAAAUCAUGUGAGCUACACUUACCCUUGAGUUUUACCCCACCACCUAAAUUUAAAAAAAAAAAAAUGCUGUCAUAAUAUUUGUAUUACAUGUUUGUCAUAUUCUAUUAGGAUGACUACUUUUAGAUUAUAAAUAUCCACUGAUGUAUGUACUAUGUAAUGAAGUAAUCUUAGCAUUA